AUGAAAGUGUGGAAAAGAAGUAGGGUUGUGGGUGCGCUGGUAUGUCUAUUUGCCUUAGUGUCUGGAGUCAUCACCAUCAUUCUUUCUAUGCCGAGACUUGGGGCCUGCAUAAAGUCCCUGUUUACGAAGGAUAGUGGGAUGCAGGAAGCCCACAUGUGCCUAUCAAAAUCGCCAGCAGUAUCGGUUGAGGAGUUAGGAUGCAUUUCUAUUAGAUUUUCAGACAUCAAGAAGAAUGGCUUUGACAUCAUAACUUUGGACGUGGGACAGGAAAGCAACGAAAAGCUGUACUUCGAAUUUAUCACAAGCAUCCUGGACCUUAUCUCUAGAGAUGCCCUUGUUCCAGGAAGUGGUGUGGAUGCAUCUGGGGAAGAGAGGCUUCCAAGCAGAGAGAGGAAGAAUUUCAAAAUCCUGAACUUCGAAAUAAGAUAUAACAUCUGUGGAAACUCGAGGCUGCUAGGGGCCGAGGAUAUGAAGGGAUGCAUGGACCCAUCCUCGGCAGCAUCAAGAAGACUUCUCGGGCUUGACGAAGACUUUCCUGAUGAUCAGGAUGUAGAGACGGAGGAAGCAAAUAGAGUGCUCAACAUUCUUCGAGAGCGUUGGCCUGGCGAUCUGGACGGCGCAGAAUGCAAAGUCUCUGGAGAGAAAUUGCUGCUCAGGGAUUAUGUUGGGUCUGUCCUUACCAGAUAUCUUGUUGAAUGCAAAAUAGAGGAGCAGAAGAGAAUGAUGAGAGAUACGGAUUUCUUCAUGAGGAUUGGGGUAGACGGGACGGUGGGUAGGAAGCCGGUAGCAUUUGUGAUUCUAAGCAAUGGGGAGUGUAUGAGCCCGGGAGGAUAUAUGAGCAUUGUAAGGGAGAUUCUCUUUUUUAUGAGGCAUGGAAGCAUUAUUUCUGAUUUGAAUGGGACAGGCGAAGGCUUUUAUGACACCGAUGAGCUGUGGUUUCUCCUGCAGAAGUGUAGGAGCAGCUUUAAUAGGAACCUGUCGUGCAAGUUUGGCAAGCUUUCUGAGUGUGAGGCCAAAGAUAGCGUCGUAGCCAGAAGCGAUGAUGAAUAUAUAGCCGACAAGGUUGUGGAAGGUCUUCUUGGGCUGACAAAGGAUUUUCAGAAUGGAAUGAUAAAGCAGAUAAAAGACCAGGAUGUGCCUAUUUUUAAGUAUUACCAAGGAUUUCUGUCUGGACUAGUUGGCGAGAAAGCUUGUUACCGCAUUUUGGAGACCAAAAGGACGAUUAGGGUAAAGGAUUACGUGGCAGCACUGCUCCUCAAAGGCUACAAAAGUAAGAUAUACAGGCUAGCUAGCAAGCUUGAAAAGAAGACUGUUCACAGAAUGGAGAUCACCACCAAGUCCAUCCAGGCAAGACACUAUCUGUGGUUUUUGGCCAGAGUCAUCCAUGAGAUCAGGUUUGAAGGCAGUAACAAAUACCAUGAGAAGCUCACAGAUGGACUAAGAAGACUGAGAGAAAAUCUUGUGCUUUGUAUCGAGCUGAUAAUACAUGACGGAAAGAUGGACCAUUUGGAUCCUCCCACCAAAGCUAUUCUGAGGUUGUUGGGGAUAAGUGAAGAAGCCGGCAUUGAUGCUGAGGACACAAAUCCUGAGUGCAGCCGUGUGUUUAGGGACAUGGUGGCAUAUAAGCCCAAAAGCAACUCGGUCUCUGCCGCAACGUGUAUCCUUAAUGGUAUAGAAGUUCCUAUCGGGGAAUAUGUCAUGGAUGUGCUUUUGAGGUAUUUCAAGGAAUGCAGGGAGCGCGAUGAGACACAAGAGUAUGUGGACUCGAGGGUUUUUAGAAGCAUGAGUGAGGCUUUUUCUGUAAGAUAUUCGGACGGUAGACAUGUUGGAAUAGAGUACUUUAGGAUAGUAAGGAGCAUGCUCAGGAAGGUAUUUUGCUGCGAAUUGGAGAGCCUCUUGAGGCAGUCUAUGGCUGCCGAUUCUUCGGAAUCCAAUGUGCUAAAAUACUAUCUGGACUGCAAGACAAGGGAUGUUGACAGCUUCUUCUCGAGGGCAUUCUUGGUUACGGUGAACAAUCUCCAUGCAGAUGAAAAGAGGAUUCCUGCCCAUGCUAUUGUUAUGAUUGAAAGGAUCUUAGGGAAAGACAUCUCCUUCAUGCAGGAUCUGUACCCAAAGGACAGCGACAAGAGACUAUUCAACUCUAUUUUGUCGAAGUUUCCCAGGAAGUACAGGGAAAUCAAAUGUCACUUCGAGGGUAGGAGAUUCAGUCUUGUUAGUCUUGUUGCUAAGGCAACAGUGGUGUAUCUUAGGGCAGGCUCCAUUGAAAACGGCGAGCUCAUCCUCCAGCUUGAAAGAAACCUAGUCUCUGAGGCUGCAUUCUACGAGGAACGAUGA